AUGGAGCGGCCUCGCACUCUCCAACGCGCACCAGAAGGUGAGUGUACCGUACCCGGGGCUCCCCCCCAACCCCCCUUCGGCUGGAAACCCGGGAACAUGGAAGCCCUCGCACUCUCCAAAAGCGCCCCCCAAAAAGGUGAUUUUACCGUACCCGGGACUCUCCCCCCGCCCUUUGGCGGACCCCAACAUGGAGCGCCCCCCACUCCCCCAAAAGCGCACCCAAAGGGGAGUUUAACCCUACCCGGGACUCCCCACCGCCUUCGGGGGGACCGGCAAAAUGGAGCGCCCCGCACUUUCCAACGGCGCAAAGAAGGGGUGUACCGUAAACCCGGGACUCUCCCCCCCCCUUCGGGCCUUUGGGCCGGAAAAUGGAGCGCCUCGCACUCUCCAACGCGCACCAAAGGGGAGUGUUUCCGUCCCGGGGCUCUCCCACCCCUUCGGCUGGACCGGCAACAGGAGCGCCUCGCCCCCCUCCCAAAGCGCACCAGAAGGGGGAGUUGGGACCGUAACCCCGGGACUCCCCCCCCCCCUUCGGUGGACCGGGGAACAUGGAGCGCCUCCCCACUCUCAAAGCGCCCCCAGAAGGUGAGUGUACCCUACCCGGGGCUCCUUCCCCCCGCCCUUUGGCUGGACCGGAAAAAUGGAGCGCCUCCACCUCUCCAACGCGCACCAAAAAGGGAUUUUACCGUACCCGGGGGCCCCUCCCACCCCCUUCGGCCCGGCCGGCAAAAAGGGGCGCCUCGCACUCUUUCCCAAAGCGCAAACCCGAAGGGAGUGUACCGUAAACCCGGGGCUCUCCCCCCCGCCUUCGGCUGGACCGGCAAAAAUGGGGCGCCUCGCCUCUCCAAAAGCGCACCAGAAGGUGGCGUGUACCGUACCCCGGGAACCCCUCCCACCGCCUUGGCUGGACCGCCCAACAUGGGGCGCCUCUCCCCAAAAACCAAACACUCUAGCUUUAAACCCCUACUGUUUACCCGGCGGGUGAAAGCAAAAGCGCCCAAACAUCACCCCGAGCGAAGAAGAUGA